CCGAGAAACAGCGGCUGCGGGCAGGCGGCGGGACCGAGGGAAGCUGAGCCGGCCGCCACCGCCUAGCAGCCCUCCAGCCGUCAGUGCGUCCGUUCAUCUGUGCGUUCUCCGCGGAUCGCGGCGGGUCCGGCGGCCGAGACCAUGCAGCCGCGCAGCGAGCGCCCGGCUGGCAGGACACAAAGCCCGGAGCACGGCAGUCCGGGGCCCGGGCCGGAGGCGCCGCCGCCGCCACCGCCGCCGCAGCCGCCGGCCCCAGAGGCAGAGCGUGCGCGUCCUCGGCAGGCCCGGCCCACGGCCCCCAUGGAGGGUGCAAUGCAGCUGCUGAGCCGUGAGGGCCACACUGUGUCCCACAACUCCAAACGGCACUAUCACGACGCCUUCGUGGCCAUGAGCCGCAUGCGGCAGCGUGGCCUCCUGUGUGACAUCGUCUUGCACGUGGCAGCCAAGGAGAUCCGAGCACACAAGGUGGUGCUAGCCUCCUGCAGCCCCUACUUCCACGCCAUGUUCACAAAUGAGAUGAGUGAGAGCCGCCAGACGCACGUGACGCUGCACGACAUUGACCCUCAGGCCUUGGACCAGCUGGUGCAGUUUGCAUACACUGCCGAGAUCGUCGUGGGCGAGGGCAACGUACAGACUCUGCUCCCAGCUGCCAGCCUCCUGCAGCUGAAUGGCGUCCGUGACGCCUGCUGCAAGUUCCUGCUGAGUCAGCUCGACCCCUCCAACUGCCUGGGCAUCCGGGGCUUUGCUGACACACAUUCCUGCGGUGACCUGCUCAAGGCAGCACACAGGUACGUGCUGCAGCACUUCGUGGAUGUGGCCAAGACUGAGGAGUUCAUGCUGUUGCCACUAAAGCAGGUGCUGGAACUGGUCUCCAGCGACAGCCUGAACGUGCCUUCGGAGGAGGACGUCUACCGUGCCGUCCUGAGCUGGGUCAAGCAUGACGUGGACUCUCGGAGACAGCAUGUCCCAAGGCUGAUGAAGUGUGUGCGCCUGCCCCUGCUGAGCCGGGACUUCCUGCUGGGCCAUGUGGAUGCCGAGAGCCUGGUGAGGCACCACCCUGACUGCAAGGACCUGCUCAUUGAGGCCCUCAAGUUCCACCUGCUGCCUGAGCAGAGGGGCGUUCUGGGCACCAGCCGUACGCGGCCCCGGCGCUGUGAGGGCGCUGGCCCUGUGCUCUUUGCUGUGGGUGGAGGGAGCCUGUUCGCCAUCCACGGGGACUGUGAAGCAUACGACACACGCACUGACCGCUGGCACGUGGUGGCCUCCAUGUCCACGCGCCGGGCCCGGGUGGGCGUGGCAGCAGUUGGGAACCGGCUGUAUGCCGUGGGUGGUUACGAUGGGACUUCAGACCUGGCCACCGUAGAGUCGUACGACCCCGUGACCAACACCUGGCAGCCUGAGGUGUCCAUGGGCACAAGGCGCAGCUGCCUGGGUGUGGCCGCCCUGCAUGGGCUCCUGUAUGCAGCUGGUGGCUACGAUGGGGCCUCCUGCCUCAACAGGUCAGUAGCAGACCUGGUGUCCACAGUGCUGAGCGCUAUGACCCUCUGACGGGAACAUGGACGUCCAUCGCUGCCAUGAGCACCCGGAGGCGAUACGUGCGUGUGGCCAUGCUUGGUGGGUGACAGAGCCUGCUUUGUGUAGUGCCCACACCCCCACCCCU